AUGGCUUCCCUACCCAUCUUCAAAUUUUCUGGAAACACGAACAUCCAACUCACACCCGUCGAAGCCGAGCUUUGCACAUUCAUAGAUGACUGCUGCGCCGAUCUGCAGGAAGCGAAGGGCAUCGACAAUACAUGCCGCAUUGCUGGUGGUUGGCUUCUAGGAAAGGAAAGCAACGACAUCGACAUCGCACUGUCCAACAUCAUGGGUGAUGAAUUCGCUGAACAUCUUGCCCGUUUUGCGGAAAAACGCAGCGUCCAAACUGGCCCCAUCGCGAUCUUCAAUCCCAACCCCGAACAGUCGAAGCAUCUGCGAACCGCGCGUAUCCCCAUCUUCGAGCUCGAACUAGACCUAGUCAAUCUGCGGAGUGAGGAAUACGCAGCAGAUAGCCGUAUUCCGACGGCGGUGGCGUUCGGGACACCAUUGCAAGAUGCCUUGCGGAGAGACAUCACGAUCAAUGCCCUCUUCUACAAUGUGCACACACGGACUGUUGAAGACUGCACAGGGAAGGGCAUCGAAGACCUCAAAAAUGGGAUCGUCCGCACACCUCUCCCUCCUCGGGAGACCUUCAUAGACGACCCUCUGCGCAUUCUCCGCAGCAUCAGGUUUGCCAGUAGAUAUGGCUUCACCAUCGUAUCGGACUUGGAAGAGUCCGUGAAGGAUCCCGUCAUCCAAAAUGCUCUUGUUACGAAAGUUGCAAGGGAAAGAGUUGGGGAAGAGUUGACGAAGAUGUUGAAAGGUCCGGAUCCAAAGCGAAGUAUCGACCUCAUCAACCACCUCACGCUCUACGAUCCUGUAUUCAACGCUCUGCCUUCUGGAACGACGCUUUCCUCACCAUUAGCGCCACGGAGUACCUCGUUGGACGCCACCUUCGUGCUUGAUAGUCUCUUGGAUCCCUCCGGCACAACGUUCGAGCCCCUCCCACGCAUACAUUCGUCCUUGAUUCAAGCCGUUUCCGAAGAUCCGACAGCACGUCCACGCUUGUUCCUGGCUGCAGCGUUGACACCCUACCUCGGCCUCACUUACCAGGAUCGCAAGAAGAAGGCGCUUCCCGCCGUCGAGUUGGCGAUCCGCGAAUCUCUCAAACUUGGAGCGCAGUACCACUUUGCUGACGGCAUCCCCCUGCUGUUCUCUGCUGCGCAGUAUCUCAAGAAUCCAGACUUGAGUGAGAAGCGGUUCCAGGACCCGUCGGAGCGAGUUGCGUUGGGACUUUUGCUCCGUGAGAAGAUGAUGCACCAUCCUGCGUCUGGAGCGAGAUGGCAGUUUGCAGUCUUGUUCUCUCUGGUUCAAGAACUGGCUUUGGUAUGUCCGUCUGGUGCGUUCGAUGCUGUGGAGGCGACUAGAUUACUCGAGCUGUAUAACACCUUCGUGUCUCGGAUAGAGGAUCUUGAGCUCUCAGAUGUUGGCGAGGAAAAACCAUUACUCAAUGGCCACACAAUCAGUCAGAUCCUGGGUGCCUCCAAACCUGGGCAGUGGACUGGGGCUGUCUUGGCUCGAGUCAUGGAAUGGCAACUGGGACACCCGAAAUCAACCGUAGAAGACUGCACCGCCUGGUUGAAAGAGGAACACAGUGCGGGCGGAAUUACCGUCAACGAUAACACAGAGCCUGCGAGCAAGCGUCUGAAGACAAAGCGAUAGACAACUAUCGUACAGACUUGUACACACAUAAAUCAGUGGUUCACGACUGACUAACUGGUCAAUACAUCAUCAAAGUCCUCCGGUUCUGUUCUGUUUCUUUCUGUUGUAUGCAUCCAUAAGCGCCUGCUUGAUCGUGGCCUCGCCCGCUUCGAAGUUCGCCAUGGAGAGCUUGAUGAUCAUGUCAAUCUGCUCCGCGGUCAGAACAAGAUUGUAAGACCCGCAGAACUUGGCAGUCGAAGGGUCCAGCCCAGGCACGGCACCCUCAUUCGGCAGGAAAGGAAGAUAAACCAUGGUGCAGUCCCUCGUCACAGUGGGCGCAGGAGGGUUGCUGACCGUCUUGCCAUACGAAUCGACUACUUUCUGCGGUCUAGGCGCGAGCGUUCCGUCGUAGAUCUGCGCAUACAGCCCCUUGAAUCGGUCGAGAUCCUUGGGGUCCGUCCCCGCCUGGAUGUCGAGCCGGCACUUAAAGUCCAGUCCGCGCCUGGACCCGAUCUGUGCAACGCGCUGUGGGAAACUGUCCUUCUGGACAUCCGAACUCGCGUCCAUAUUGAUAAUCACAUCCACCUGGCGUUCCGGAUUCAGCAGGGGCAUCGUCGGACAGUUGUUGUCCAUGCCCGAGUCGAUCAGGUGGAUUCGCGGCGAGUUCUCGAUACCCUCUGGACGGCCCUGGCCCUUGGGCGUGGGCGUGUAAUGGAAUAGAAAGUUGUGCUCGUUGCAAGCAUGCAGAGGAUGAUGGUUCUCGAAGAUCUCAGUUUCAUGGGCACCCCAAAGUUUGGCUAUGCCAGACGAGAUACGGUUGAUGGUGUCUCCGAUAAGGCCAGUGGGCAAAUUGCGUUGGAUAGUGGAUAGAUAACUCGACAGAGGCCCAGCCGGUGCGCUCGUGCACAAUCCCAACAAAAGCGCCAAAGAUUGUUCGGGUAACUGCAAAGUGGAUUUCCCCUCUUCAAACGGCCGCCCAAACCCGAAAGUAGGACACCACUAAUGGAUAUGAGAUUGAAUUCCCAAAUGAGAGAACGACGUCACCUUGGCCAGUUCAUCGCAACCAAUCUCAAACGGCGACAUCUCGAACCACUGGAACCAUGCAUCGCUCGCCUCCCUGUGCUCUUUAUCCAGAUGAUUUCCAGUCGCAAAUGGGUGCUCAGAGUCGACCCAAUCUUUCCAAGGCCGUUCGUGACGAAUCGCAGUCAAGAUCGGAAGAGGCUCAGCACCAUUGACCAGUCGCCGCUGGGCUUGGGACCACUUCCACCACGCACGGUGAUAGCCGGCAACCUCGGCUGCUGCGGAUCCUGCGGGUUUCAAUGCGGGAUCGGUCUGCAUAAACAGAUAUCCAGUGGUGAACACCGAAUACAGAUCCAUCGCGACGGUAUGCAAUCCGCUGCGAUGCUUCUGAAUCAAGGGUCCGAGGGUCUCGUAAUCGCCACGUUCAGAGCCGAGUAGUUUCUCCACUGCGGAAGCAGACAGCGGAUGAUGCGGAUGCAUCCGUUCCUUGCAGUGGUCAAUCAGCUUGGUAGUAUCCCCGUCAGCGAACGUGUAGAGUGCCCCGAUCGUCCAACACGAGCCAGAAACACCCGCGACAUACGUCAGCAGAUCCCACAAUCCGCUUUCCUUUGCACCGCGCGUGUAUCCGAGUAACGCCAACCUGGCAGCGAUGCAUCAGCAGAUGAAGCGCGGACGACACAAGACAAAGGACCCACAUCGCCCGAUACCCCCCUCCACUACCUCCCCACGCAACAGUCGGCACGUCGUCUGGGUGAAUCGACUCGGCGUCCAGUCCCAUGUACCGAGCAAAGUGAUUCCGCACAUGAACCCUCCGAGCCUGAAGGAACCCGCGCUCUUCCUUGCACAGCUCAGAGCCCUGCCGCGCGAUCGCAACGUCGCGUAUCUCGGGGAAUAGUUCAGGGUUGUAGAUGUCCUUCGUCACUCGCGACUCGAGCGACAGAAAGUACUCCGCGAGUUGCAUGCUCGGCUUGACCUCCUUGGCGAAGUUCUUCAGCUUAUCCCCCAAUGCGGCGAGCCCACUGGCGUGCACUUCAGAGCUUGAAGACGGCGCAAAUUGCUGCUUCAGCAUCUCGCGUUCGUAGCUGACCUGCUCGGGAGUGUCUUCAUCGUAGUACGGCUCGUGGCUGGCUGGAUCAAUGAGUGUGCAUGCUGGCACGUUAUAUGCGCUCACAAGUAUUCUUCUUGCCCAA